GCUCAGAAGAAGAUGAAGAAGCUUAUUCUGCUUUUGUCAUUGUUCUUGGCUCCAGCAUUUGCCUACAAAGAAAGUCAGAAAACAAAACAAAACUUUUCUUCAAACAAUACCAGUCAUAAACGACUUAAGAGAGACUGGAUAUGGAACCAAAUGCAUAUCAAAGAAGAGAUUGAUACGCCAUUACCACACCAUGUUGGCAAGAUUACAUCGAGUGUAAGGAACAACAACGCUAAGUACAUUAUUGAAGGUGAAUAUGCCAAUACCAUCUUUAAAGUGGAAGAGACCAGUGGUGAUGUAUAUGCCUUUGAGAGGUUGGACAGAGAAAAGAAAGCAGAAUAUGAGCUGACAGCUCUCAUUAUUGACAGAAGAAACAACCGGUCACUGGAACCACCAUCUAAAUUUAUUAUCAAGGUUUAUGAUAUUAAUGACAAUGCCCCUGUGUUCGUACAAAAGGUAUUCAAUGGAUCUGUCCCAGAAAUGUCACCAGUAGGAACCUCUGUUACCAAAGUGACAGCUGUAGACGCUGAUGACCCAACAGUUACAGGUCAUGCCACAGUUACCUACCAAGUCAUUAAAGGAGAUGAAUAUUUCACAGUUGAUGACUCCGGUGUGAUUUUUACAACCAGAGCUGAUUUAGACAGAGAGAAUCAAUCAACGUAUGAAAUUAUUGUUAAAGCAAAAGAUGCUCCAGGGUUUUCUGGGGAUUCAAGCACAGCUACAGUCAUUAUCACUUUAACAGACAUCAAUGACAACUUUCCCGUAUUCAAACACCCAUCAUUUCACUUUAAAGUUCCUGAAAACGUUUCAGUAGGAGGAGAAGUUGGCAGAGUCAAAGUGGAAGACAUUGAUGAACCACAACACAGAAAUACAAAAUACAGUUUUGUCAGAGGAGAUUACAGGGACACCUUUGAAAUUGUUGCAAAUCCAUACACGAAUGAAGGAAUUAUUAGACCAAAGAAGCCCCUGGACUUCGAAAAAGUAGCAGAAUACAGGUUUGACAUUGAAGCAACAGAUCCCACAGUUGAUCUUCGCUAUUUUAAAUCCGGUGGCUCUAGGAGCAUUUCAACAGUUACCAUUGAAGUCACUGACGUGGAUGAGCCCCCUGUCUUCACUAAGCUACCAUAUGAAUUUAAAGUAAGGGAAAAUGAUCCAGAAAAAAAAACACUUGGUUCAGUUUGGGCAUACGACCCUGACGCAGCUAAACGGAAAAUCAGAUUUGUUCGACGAAGAGCUAGUCCUAAUGGAGACUACAUUAGAGUAUCUGACACUGGAAUUAUUCAACUUCCCAAGCCCCUGGAUAGAGAAUUCAGCUCCUCGUACAACAUCACUGUAGCAGCCCAGGAAAUCCUGGAAGAUGGCCGUCUUUCUGACAGAGAAUCACACGCCCAAGUUCACGUAAUAGUCAUUGAUGAAAACGACAACGCUCCAGAACUUGUUUAUCCUGAGGAACCCAGAGUGUGUGAAAACGCUGCUCCAGGAAAGGUAAUCAUCACGAUUUCAGCUACUGACAAGGAUGAAAUAUCACCUAGAGGUUUCUUCAAAUACUCCCUGGCCACAGAAGAUAGCAACUUCUCGUUGGUUGAGAACCACGAUAACACAGCUAAUAUCACAGUCAAGUAUGGACAGUUUAAUCGUGAACUUGCCAAAAUCCACUACCUGCCUGUCAUCAUCUCAGACAACGGUGAUCCCGAGCUCAGCAGCACAAAUACACUUGUUAUCAGUGUCUGCAAGUGUAAUGAAAAAGGCGACUUCACUUUUUGUGAGGAAAGAGCUAAACAAGUCGGAGUUAGUAUACAAGCACUGGUGGCCAUUUUUGUCUGUAUCUUCACAAUCAUCGUUUUGUUUGCAGUAAUCGCCUUGCUAAUUCUUCUAAGAAAGAGACACAAGAAGGAUUUGAGUGGUCUUGGGAGGAAUGUGGCAGAGAUUCACGAGCAGCUUGUAACUUACGAUGAAGAAGGUGGUGGUGAAAUGGAUACCACCAGUUAUGAUGUGUCUGUACUCAACUCUGUGCGCAAGAAUGGUAUGAAGCCAGAAACAGUGCCCUCUCCAUACGCACAGGUCCAAAAACCUCCCGGAAAUCCAACUUCUGGUGCUGAAAAAAUGGAAAUUAUGAUUGAGGUUAAGAAGGAUGAAGCUGACAAUGACAGGGAUUUGCUGCCAUAUGACACACUUCACAUUUAUGGCUACGAAGGUGCUGAGUCCAUUGCAGAAUCUCUCAGUUCUUUGGAAUCAGGCUCCUCAGACUCAGAUAUUGAUUAUGACUUUCUAAAUGACUGGGGACCCAGGUUUAAAAUGUUAGCUGAGCUGUAUGGAUCAGAACCAAAUGAAGAUUUUGUGUAUUAA